CGUUCGUCGGCAAUAACGCGCAUGCGUAGGAACGCGUCGAGUCUAGGCCGGUAAACAAGGGAUGAGGCGGCCGAACAGUACGGAGCCUGUGAGCGCUCAGUGACACAAGUUGCGCCUGGCUGACACCAAAGUCUCACCAUGAACCUGGCUAGGCAAAACGUUGAGACCGGAGCCGCGCAUCUAUUGUUUGCGAAUUUCAACCAAGAUAACACAUCUCUGGCUGUUGGUAUUAAGUCUGGUUACAAGUUUUUCUCUUUGUCGUCUGUGGACAAGCUUGAGCAGAUAUAUGAAUGCACUGACACAGAAGAUGUCUGUAUUGUGGAACGGCUCUUCUCCAGUAGUCUGGUGGCUAUUGUCAGUCUCAAAGCACCCCGCAAGCUUAAGGUUUGCCAUUUUAAAAAAGGAACCGAGAUCUGCAACUACAGCUACUCUAACACAAUUUUGGCUGUGAAACUAAACAGACAGAGGCUGAUUGUAUGUCUUGAGGAAUCUCUCUACAUACACAACAUAAGAGAUAUGAAAGUCCUGCACACUAUCCGAGAAACUCCACCAAACCCUGCAGGUCUAUGUGCACUGUCCAUUAAUGGAGAUAACUGCUAUUUGGCUUAUCCUGGGAGUGCAUCGAUCGGAGAAGUCCAAGUCUUUGAUACUGUUAAUUUGAGAGCUGCCAAUAUGAUUCCUGCCCACAACAGCCCUCUGGCAGCUUUAGCUUUCGAUGCAAGUGGCACCAAACUGGCAACAGCGUCAGAAAAGGGCACAGUGAUCCGUGUUUUUUCCAUUCCAGAAGGACAGAAACUGUUUGAGCUACGGAGAGGAAUGAAAAGGUGUGUCACAAUAUUUUCGCUAGCAUUUAGCAUGGAUGGAAAUUUUCUCUCUGCUUCAAGUAACACAGAGACUGUGCACAUCUUCAAGUUGGAGACUGUCAAAGAAAAACCUGCUGAAGAACCAACUACCUGGACAGGUUACUUUGGCAAAGUAAUCAUGGCUUCCACCAGUUAUUUGCCCUCUCAAGUAACGGAGAUGUUUAACCAGGGGAGAGCUUUUGCAACUGUUCGUUUGCCUUUCUGUGGUCACAAGAACAUCUGUUCAUUGGCAGUGAUUCAAAAGAUACCACGCCUACUAGUUGGGGCAGCAGAUGGUUACCUUUACAUUUAUAACCUCGACCCACAGGAGGGUGGUGAGUGCACGCUAAUGAAGCAACACAAGUUGGAUGGCAGUAUGGAGCUUGCCAAUGAAAUUUUAGAGUCUGCGUCACAUGAUAGACCAUUUGUAUCAAAGAACUAUAGUGGUGCAGCAACAAAAGAUGCAUUCUCAACAUCACCAACAAGUCAUGCCUUUUCCGAUGAACUAGGGGCUGUGGGCGGGACAUCCUUAGAAGAUGAAAUCCAUGCUCUUCGACUAGAUGAAGACAGCGAGAACCCACCCAUGGUCUUGAGAACAGAGUGAAUGUUUAUACUAGCUGUUUCUCGCGCUAGACACAGGACUGCAGGAUGAUUUCUCGGGAUCUCUUGUGUUUGCUGCUACGGACAAUAGAAAUUAGGGAAGAUUCAAAUGUAUUUCGAAGUUUUGCAUAAUACACAUUGGCUCUUUUAAACAAUAAGAGAAAUACAGAUAUUUUUUACUUCACUUUCAACCCAGUUUUAGCUGUUAGUGUCUGUUUGCCAAACAAGAUAUGAUCUGUCGCUUAGCAUGUUGCUGUGUGCCAACCAAGUCAGUAAAGAUAAACUCAUCUAGAUCCCUUUUAAAA